UCUCCUCCCCACCCACCCUCCUCCUCACACACCCAGGAGAGCUACAAGGAGAGUCAUCGCUCCCACCGCCACACGGCCAAGAAAGUCUGGGAAAAAGAACGCGGUCGCAAGGAGGAACAGAGUGCGCUCCGAACAUCUGCGGGUGAGCAGUUUCCAGAAGAGGAAUGUCGCUCUACAGCCUGCAACUGGAGCCCAUCACGUGCUAUGCAUGGAACGGAGACCGCUCACAGGUGGCGUUGAGUCCCAACAGCGAGAGUGUGCACAUCUACCAGCGCAGCGGCGGCUCUGGCUGGAUCAAGGUGGACGAGCUCACAGAGCACAGCGGCCGCGUCACGGGGAUCGACUGGGCACCGGGCACGGACCGCAUUGUGACCUGCGGCUCCGACCGCAACGCGUACGUGUGGACGCGGCGCGGGGCACAGCAGCAGCAGCAGGGCUCUGCGCCCGCAGCAGGGGUCACCAGCGGCUGGGGACCGACACUCGUGCUGCUGCGUUUUAACCGCGCCGCGACGUGCGUGCGUUGGUCACCCCGAGAGGACAAGUUUGCCGUGGGAAGCGGAGCUCGGCUCGUGUCCGUGUGCUACUUCGAGAAGGAAAACAAUUGGUGGGUAAGCAAGCACAUCAAGAAGCCCAUCAGCUCCACCGUGCUGAGCCUGGACUGGCAUCCCAACAACGUCCUCCUUGCCGCCGGAUCCUGUGACUUCAAAUGCAGGGUCUUCUCGGCGUACAUGAAAGAGGUGGACGAGAAGCCCGCGCCCACUCCGUGGGGGUCCCGGAUGCCGUUCGGGGAGCUCAUGGCAGAGCUCACGGGCUCGCACUCGGCGGGGGGCUGGGUCCACGGCCUGUGCUUCUCCCAGGACGGCAACCGUCUCGCCUGGGUUUCCCACGACAGCACUGUGUGCCUGGCGGACCCGCGCCUCGACAAGGAAGCGCCGGUGGGCGUGCUGAAGACGGACUUCCUCCCACUCCUCGCCAUCACUUUCAUCUCGGACAACAGUCUGGUGGCUGCGGGUCACGACUGCUACCCGGUGCUGCUCACCAGCGAGGCGAGCGGCGCUCUGCGCGUGGCUGGCAAGCUGGACCGCGGCCGCCAGGGGGCGUUGAAGAACCUCUCUGCCAGGGACAAGUUCCGUAACAUGGACAAGAAGGCGAGCGCAGAGGAGGGCGACAGCGCUUUGGACUCCCUGCACCAGAACAGCAUCACGCAGCUGUCCGUGUUGGAGGGAGACAAGGCAAAAUGCAGGGUCCUGUGCAGCUCAGGCAUGGACGGCUCCUUUGUCAUCUGGAACCUGGAGACGAUGGAGAACAUGAUGGAAGGCCUCGUCAUAGCCUGAACAUGAAAUGCUCUCCGAUUUUAAAAUUCCACGCAACACCUUUAAAACAAUUUUGUUUGCAUUCCCUUUUCCUGGGUGCUUUCCUCUUUUUGCAAUGAAGCUGCUCAUAUCAGAUAUAUUUUACGCUUAAUAAAAUGACAUUGCGACGGGCAUUCA